ACAGCAGCCGUGCCAGCUCUGCAGACUGUUUGGAAUAGUUUAAAUGCUUUGACACUCUGGAUGUACUAGAUGGCAGAGGAGGCAGUUUACAGCGUAAUUCAUAUGCAAAACUGCACUAUAAAUUUAAAACCUGUCUCAGUUGCCGUGGCACCACUAAGCAUUUCAUCAGCAUACAGUACAGUAUUUCUGCCAUCUUUGUUUGCAUUGCAGUGACUCAUCAAAAGUCUGUCUUGUACCAACACUGAGAGCAUUCCUCUGGCAGUGAUAUUCCUCUGUUUUUAAAGCUUCGGUUUGAAACUGGCAUUUACUUCAGGUCCCUAAUCAAAGGGCUCUAUUCAUUGCAGAGAGCAGCCUGAAUGUUAAUCUGCAUCCGGCCUAUUCAUUUAGAUGCUAUGCACUGCCGUGGAGAUUUGACUUGGUAAAAGCUUGAGCUACAGCAGAUACAAACGGAGGUUUUGAUACUAUUUUUCCCCCCCGAACUAUCUUCGUUGCUGCAGUUAGUGUAGCAGACCGGGGGCGAUUAAAAAAAAAGGGGGGGACUUAGGAAGAGCCUUCACUGAGUGGCAGUACCUUGGAUCAUUCGUUGUUUAAGAUGUGCCCUACUUUGGAUACUCCUGCAUUGCAUGUCUAAGGAGCUCCAACUCAUCCUGAGCCAUGUCACAGAUGUUGCACAUAGAAAUUCCCAAUUUUGGGAACACUGUCUUGGGCUGCCUGAAUGAGCAGAGGCUACUUGGGCUUUAUUGCGAUGUCUCCAUAGUUGUCAAAGGCCAAGCCUUCAAGGCGCACCGAGCAGUGUUAGCAGCCAGCAGUCUGUAUUUCAGAGACCUGUUUAGUGGGAACAGCAAAAGUGCAUUUGAGCUCCCGGGUACUGUGCCGCCAGCCUGCUUCCAGCAAAUCCUUUCAUUUUGUUACACUGGGAAGCUCACGAUGGCCGCGAGCGAACAGCUGGUAGUGAUGUACACUGCAGGUUUCCUACAGAUCCAACAUAUCGUAGAAAAAGGGACCGAUUUGAUGUUCAAAGUGAGCUCUCCCCACUGUGACUCUCAGACCACCAUGAUAGAAGACCCUAGUUCAGAACCGCAGAGUCCUUGUAACCAAUUGCAAUCUGCUUCUGCGCCCUACGUCAUGUCCCCUUCCAUGCCCAUCCCGCUCCUCACCCGGGUGAAACACGAAAAUCUCGAGCUGCAACCCACAGCUGUGUCAGGCCUUCCUGCCAAGCGACCCUUGGAGGCCAGCACCCGAGAGAGCACGGGAGGGAGCGUUUCUAAUGCUGCUCCAUUAAAGUUAUCUCGGGUGUCCUACUACGGAGUGCCCAGUUUAGCGACUCUCAUCCCAAACAUCCAGCAAGUGCAGUACUCCCAAGGGGAGCGGACGAGCCCCGGAGCCAGCAGCAUUCCAACUACUGACAGUCCCACAUCCUACCACAAUGAGGAGGAUGAGGAAGAUGAUGAGGCAUAUGAUACCAUGGUAGAAGAACAGUAUGGGCAGAUGUACAUCAAAUCCUCAGGAGGAUAUUCAGUGGCUCAAGAGAAGCCAGAGCCGAUCCCACUAGAGAGUCGUUCCUGUGUCCUCAUUCGACGUGAUUUAGUUGCUCUCCCAGCAAGUCUUAUCAGUCAGAUCGGCUAUCGAUGCCACCCAAAGCUCUACUCGGAGGGAGAUCCCGGAGAAAAACUUGAACUUGUUGCAGGCUCAGGUGUUUAUAUCACCCGGGGGCAGCUCAUGAACUGUCAUCUAUGCGCAGGUGUUAAACAUAAGGUUCUUCUGAGACGACUUCUAGCCACUUUCUUUGAUCGGAACACGCUUGCCAAUAGCUGUGGAACUGGAAUUCGGUCCUCCACAAGUGAUCCUAGCAGGAAGCCGCUGGACAGCAGAGUCCUUAAUGCAGUGAAAUUGUAUUGUCAGAAUUUUGCCCCGAGCUUUAAGGAAAGCGAGAUGAAUGUUAUUGCAGCCGACAUGUGCACCAACGCCCGACGGGUCCGCAAGCGCUGGCUUCCCAAGAUUAAGUCCAUGUUGCCAGAGGGAAUGGAGAUGUACCGCACUGUCAUGGGUUCCACAACAAACAGUGUCCCCCUGGAUCCAGAAUUCCAGCCCAGCACUGCUCAGGUCUUUGAGCAGCGACUUUAUGCAGAAAGGAGGAGUGAUUCGGGAACGAUAGUAGCGUUGAGAACUAACACAGUAAACGCAGAUCUAAGCAAUGGAUCCAACCAAUCCUUUGAACAGAGUGAGGAUGCCGAAGGGGCUGGCUCUGUUAUUCAGGAGGCAGCUGGAACAGAUGCUGUGGUGUCAGACACCCAAAGCACUCCACAACCUUUUGAACAAGGGUCCGGUUCCACUAGCCGGCCAGAAACUCCAGUGAGAAGACAAGAUGGUACUUAUGGAGGGACUUUAUAAAAGAGAGAAACCAUUUUGUGACCUAGAAGGGAUCUGUAAUACUAAAGCUGCUUGCAUGCAUUACUAAUACAAAAAAAUGUGAUCAAGCCUCUUACCUACUGAACUGCUACUGUUGCCUGAAAAAAAUGUGAUUUUUAUUCUGCUUGUAUUUAAAAUUUAUGAAGGAAAUAAUCGCAUUCGUUACACUGUAAACGACUCGGUCUGUGGAGACCUACUGAAAAAAAAUGGGCUCCUUUUUGAUAUUCCUGAGAUUAGUCUAUAAGAUUGUAGCUUUUCUUUUUUUUUUAAGAAGGGGAGGAAAAAAGCUUGAAACUCCCUGCUGCUGCGCCAUCUCAUCACCACCCCAUGCAUUAUUCAGCUCCGAAGUAAAGCCAUCAUUAACUUCUUCCUCUAAAGCAAGUUUUACCGUCACUUAACAGGAAAGAGAGAUUGCUAAGGUAGCAGUCGCCUGUCCGUACGACUGGCUCUAACAAGGUGGGGUGGGGAAUUGCUAAAAAUACUUUUGGUGUUAAAUGAUCCGCGAGCAGAUCCUUAACAUUAGUGUUACUAAGCAUGAUGCUGUAACCAAGGUGAGAGCACUACUCAGUGCCUGUCCACUGAUGAUUUUGUUUUUCAGUUGCUAAUGGAUAGGGGUAGCCAUACCUUUUCUUUUCUAUUUGUGUGAGAAGGGAGGACUGCAUGGUGAUAGCAGAUUGAGUCCCUCGUGUGAUAUUCUCCUGUAGUAUGACUGUCUCUUCUCUCCCGGAGCUCUCCCCCGCCUCUUCCCUUCCCAUGGGUCAUACCACUGGCCCCCCCUUAAUCAGCUUCUACAACCUCCUCUCCUGCUGCCCCCUCUUUUCCCUUGUGACAGUGAUGAGAGUGGACAGCCGGUCCAUUUGCCAGGCAACCCCUUGGCCACCUCUUUACAAGGCUAAUACCCCUUCAUCUUUGAUUUCAGUCCAAUUGCUGAGACAGAUUGUAAGAGGAUCAGAGAGAAACUGAACUGCAGAAGUGGGAAAGCAGGUAGGUCUAGAUGGAGAUACUUUUUGUCCUUAAAAAUCUUAUGGGCAAAGGUGAUAGGGGAAUGGUGAUGAAGUGGAACUGGCAGAUAGAGUGAGCCUCUGUGAGGAUUCAGCCUUACCUAGGAAUGGUUUGAAUGAACUUGGUUUCCCGUGAUGUGCUUGUGAAGGGGCUUGGAGUGAGGGAGUAAUCUGAUGUAACUUGUCGGCAUGCUCGGAGUGCACCAUUGAUCACACCCUCCCUCAUGCUGAGGUGCACUUGAUAGGGCUGAAGAAAAUUAAGAUUCCUCUGCAGCCCACCCAUCACCUCUGUUAGAAUUUCACUGGGCCCUGCAGGAGCCAAAAGUCUACAGUCACUUUCAAGAAGCUAGUUUUCACCGAGCCUCACAACAGAUGCAUUCAGCCUCUCAAAGGCGCUAUUACUGGCAAGAGGAACAGAAAGCCACCUCGCUCUUUACGCUAAACAAUAGAAAGCUUUGCUCCAAAGAGACCAUACUCGCUUGUGACAGCAACUCUUCCCUCAGUGGGGUCCAGCAAAUUCUGAUUGGCUUGAGUAGAAAUGCCUGGUUUCCCUGACAGCUUUCGCAGUCUGUAAGCUCCUAACUCUCCUGCCCAGUGUUGUUAACAUUUGAAGUAGAUGAAAUACAAAGGGAAACAAAAGAUCAGAUUUGUUCUCAUAAUUUUUGGUUCUCUCUUUCCAUGAAGUUCUUUUUCCUUCUUCCCACUCACGCCAAAUACCUCUUCAUAGAAAGAGUAUCCAGGGGGAAUAGUGGAUCUCUCUUAUCCAAGAAAUCCUUUGUGCCCUUCUGGGUACAUUUCAUGGCAUUUGGCCUGCUUGGCCCUGUGUCCAACAAGACAGUUACGCGUGCAUUAUUACGCAGUAACACACAGCGCAUUGUGUUUGACUGUUAGGGCAGGAUGCUAAGGGAAGGGGAAGCUGGUAGGGAUGCAGGUCUAUGUGCAAGUGGCAAUGGGAGUUUGUCCUCCAGACAAUGGGCAGAUGAGUCACCGCUGAGUGCUUUUGUUCUGGAAACGGAAGGUCAGACUAGAGCAGAAAUUCCCCCAAGUGACUGUAACCCUUUCCUGAAAGUAAUGACCCCACCCCUUCUUUCCUCCCCCCGAGCUUCUACAGACAUGUAGAGGGCCCAGCGUGGCACAGCGUUCCCAGCAUGCGUGUCCCAUCGCCACGCUUCAGACAUCCGUUCCACUGUGGUCUUCGUCCUACUUGCAGAGGCGAGAGAGGGUUGCGAGGUUCCCCGGGUGGGAGUCAGGGAGGCUGUGAGUGUGUGCUGAGAGCCAACAGGGAGGCAGGUGUAUGUUGACAAGGGAAACCCCAGACGUCCAUUGGCAUGGAGCUGGUGCUGAACACUGCUGAGUCUGAAAUGCUUUUAAGAUAUUUGUGGGAGGCGGGGGAGGAAGGGGAUUGAUAUGGAAGCCAAAUGAGGCUAGUUUUGGUUUUCGUUUUACUUUUGUUUUUACUGUGACUAACAUGCCUGCUUGCGAGUUACUUUCCAGUCCUUGGAAAUCAAAGUUUGAAACUAUGAACAAGUGCCGAGUGCACAGUCACUUCCAGAGGCUGCGGGUGGCCAUUUCAAGUUGGUUUGGGCGACUGAUUUCACAGACAGCGCUUUGCUCAGAGGGGUACUCCGCUGUGUAAAAGGGGGGAAAGGGGACAACCCAGCCUUUGCCAUUUUUUUCUUCAGUACUUGAAGCUGUGUUUGCAUCUUACUAGCAAGUUCUCGAACACUUGUGGUGGUCCAACCUCUUUCUCUGAAUAAAAUGAGAUCCCUUUGCCCUGAAUAAAAUACACAGUGGGGACUAUUCUACCUGACAUCUCAUGUAGCUCCAAGUUUUGUAUGAUUUCAGUCUGGCUCUUUUAGAUGUAAUGGAGCUGGUAUUCUGCCUUCCCCAGUCACAUGGAUCAGUGCCCUUAAGACCUAUGCAAAGUGGUGUGGUUAGGUGAAUAUUGUUUGUGUGUAUUAAAGAGUUGGGCAUUCACAGGCCGUAUUUGCACUUUGCCCACCUCUGCAAAUAAAAAUUUUCCUCUUGCUAUGUUUGCAAGGCCCUUCUCUUAUCCACGCCCAGUCCAGAGCUUGCUCUGUGUGCAUGGUUUAUCUGUGUGGCUGGCAGAAUAUCACACGGAGUAUGCACCUUUUGAGCUGCAUGGUAUAUUGGUGCUUAUGUACCACUUGUCAGGAUACGGCCCUAGGAACAAAUCUUAUUAGGGACCAUAGAACUAGGCUUGCAUGGGGCUGCUUUUUUCAAGGAAUUGAUUGGUCCAGUUCUUUAGCCAUUUCACUGUCACCCUCGGUAAAUGCUGACAAUCUGUCUUGAGUAAACUGAUCGAAACCUCAUGGUAGGCUGUCCCAUUUGACAGAGGGCCGGGGGGGUGGGGGACAGUCAGCAGCGUUCUCUGUUCUCACUGUAAAACUUUCAGCUACUUGGCAAAGUUCACUCCAAGUGAGCAACUUCGCUAAGUCAGAAAUGACAUGAGCUGGGAAAUAGAGAGAUUUAAGUCCCUGCUUUACAUACCUGCCCAUGGAGGAUUCGGUCCUCUAAUCAGAAUGAUCGUUUAAGUACUGCCUAUCCCUUUACUUAUUUUUCAAAAUGAUACCGAACAUUCCCUCCUUCUUUGGUAUGGCCCUUGUAGUGUUUGGCAAAUUGAACCCUCCCUCUGAGACUCACAGUUAGUUAAAGCUCUUCUGGACCAACCGAACCACAAAUGAAGUGCACGUAAUAUCCUGAAUUGGGAGACCCUAGACGGAAUUAGCAGCAGAAGUACUUGAAUGAUUUAGAAUGGCUUAGGACAGAGAAUCUGAAGAGAGUAGAGUUGCACAGUGGAAAAAAAUAUAUAUUUUUAUAUCUAGCACAACUUCCUGUAAUUUCUUUUAUUUUUAUUUUAUUUUUAUUUUAAAUUAGGAAGGCAAACUUUGAAAAUGUGAAAGGGGAAGGUUGGUUUUUUUUUUUCCUUAUCUGGUAGAUGAGGGCAAGCAUUUUGCACUAAUGUUUCCUGUGUGUGAAGGAUUAAUGAUAUGUUUGAAAAUGUAUAUGGAUGAUGAUUGUAUUCUUUGGAGGGAAAAUAAUCCCUUUAAAAUACUGAAUGUAAAGUGAUAACAGAGCAGUCCAAUGAUUGUAUGGGGCUUUCCUGAGUGCCUUAGAAUUUUUUGAUCAUUUUCCCCAGGAAAACAGAUUAAGAAAAUCAGAUCAUAACCAAAUCCCCCCUCCUCUUUGUUUACGACACCCUCUUAAAUCAUAGAAUUUGGGGCUGCUUUAUAAUGUGAAUAUGAAACUGCAUUCAUCUAGCUCUGGUAGUACGAAUCGAAGCAUCAGUAUUUAUGGUAUGUCUGCACCUUUUAUUCGUAUGCUUGACUAUUAGCAAUAUUACAUGUAUAUUAUAUAUCUAAAGUUAUAUCAAGCACCUUUUGAAAAAAAACUGAAUGGCAUUUAAGCUUACAAGUUAUAUGCAGUUGCCAUCUGGUAUAGAACCCAGACUCUCUCCUCCUUUGCUAGCUCAAAUUAAAAAACAAUGUCCUGAUGGCAGUUGCUGUGCCUGUGUAGAAAGGUAGCAUGACCUUCUACUGUCUCUCUAUCCACCCUGUGUUAAUACUAUGCAAUUCCAGUUUUAGCAAAAAUUGGUCGUGGAAAUAUCAGCAUAUGAUGGGGUUUGACAAGCUGAUUGGCAGUCGCACCAUGCACCUUGUUACGGCAAGGUUGAAUCAAUGCCAAGCCGUCAAUUUAUUGUAGGUUGCCCAAUCUUUCUGGGCCGCUGCCUCCUCACAUAUGCCGGUGUAAAUCAGUAGCAACUCCACUGCGUUACAUGGCAUUGUACUGGUGGAAGUCCAGUGGAAGUGAAAAGAAAAUCAGUCCAUCAUUUUUUCCUGAGAAUGCUGCUCUCUGGGUCACUAGGAAAAACAUGUGAAGAAAUUCACCGUAGGGUCUCAAAAAACGGAAAGUAGGUCCACUUGGCCUAGCAUUGUGGACUGCUUGUUUUGAUAAUUCCUUAGCAAAUGUAAACUUUUUGCAGUCUGUUUGUGCUGGACACCUCCUAAGGGGACUAGAAUGAUUGCUCUAUAAAUUCCCACUGUAUUCACACACGAUCGUAUACACUUUACUCGUUCUCUUUCCUCUUAUUUAUUCUCUUGCAUUGUGCAGUGCUUUAACGUGGAAAGAGAAACAAAGGGUUAAGCUCAUCUUAUUCCAAUCUUUCUUGAACAUCGACACAAAACUGGAAUUGUUCCCUGUUUAACACAUGUUUAAAGGACCAUAGCAUUCUAGACAUGGUAUUCUGCAAAGGACUGAUGUGUUUCCGCAGUCAUUUUACUGCUAAGGUUUUGUUCAGAUUGCUUGUUUUUAUGGAAAUAUCUUGCUGCAAGUGGAGAAGGGUGUAUGGCCCAUUAACCAGCUGAAAACUAAGAGACAACCCCUGUUUGCUUCUACUGGCAGUAAAUCCUAAACAGAAAAUUGAGAGUUCAUAUCUGUCUUGGGCUUCAACUACUGUUUCAAAGUGUUCCUGCUGUAUAAAUUCGUCAUUAUGUCAACAAGCCAGCCCCAGACAUGAUUAUUACCAUGCCCAAGAUAUUCAGGGCUUGCUAUGAGAUGGUUAUAAAAAUGAUGGCUUUAAAAAAAGUAAAUACAAAAAAAUGUUGAAGUCUAAAGCACUCGAAUUGGAAAACCUUCAAGUGUUCUGAUCAGUUUCUUCCAUUCUACGCGUUUUGCACACGAUUGUGAUUUUUAUGUCAAAAUAAAAGCCAAAACUUGCAAUACUAUUUUUAGCAGACAAAAAACACACACACAAAAAAAGCCGAAGUAUAAAUGUAUAAAUAUUUUUGACUUGAACAUUUGGAUGGCACUUGAUUCAAAUAGAACAUUAAUCCUUUGGACAGAAUGUUUGGAAAAGAGACUUAAAGUACAAGGUUGUUUUUAAAGAGUCUGUAUAGGGUAUUAAGUAGUACUGUAAUUCAUGACUGUUAAAAACCUUUCUGUGCUGUAAGAAAAAUUUCACAGUACCACUGAGUUAUGUUUAUCAACUGUCUCAGCCACAAAAGACGCUAGCUUUUUUAAAUUGUGCAUUAUUCACUAGUAUUUAUGUGCUGUUACUCCGUAUAGUUAAGACUGUUAUUUUGUAGCCAUGGCUGACACGAUGUAUCAGUAACUAAAAUAAAUAAAUAACCCCCAAGAGUUCGGAGUGUGCUCAUAGCUGUUUUCAUAUGAUGAGAAAUCCAUUAAAAAAAGAAUCCAAUGUGAUCAUUAAUUGUAAAAUUCAUAUUUACAAAAUAAUAAA